AUGCCAGGUGUCAGAGUGCCUGUGUACCGUCGCUACGAGGAUGCUGCAGAACGGGUUCUGGAUCAGGAUUCCUCAGCCGAUGUGGCCAUGGUCGGAUUUCCGGCAAACUGGCGAGAGGCAGAGCUGCGAGUCUGCCUGGGCCCAGUCUGCGACUGUGACUGGCUCCGGCUGGUCAAGGAUCAUAGCGGCAUCUCCGUCUGCCUGCUGCAGACAAGCUCGAGCACCAUCCCGGCACUGCUUGUGGCACGGCUUAGAACGAGCCAUCUUGCAAGAGAAGGAUUGCGUGUGGUGUUGGCAAACAGAAAGGAUGCUACGCAUGAGGUGCCAAAGGCACUGUCGCAGCAUCAGUUUCAAGCUGAAGAGCGCGCAGCACUUCAUGGCCUGAGGUCGCAGACAGAGCUGAACGGAAGUCCAUGCAGCAUCGUGAGGUACGACAAGGAGUCGCGUCGAUGGCUCGUCCGCCUCGAUAUUGAGUCGGAGGACAAUGAAAUCUUGGUCUCCGGUGCGAACCUUCUCCCGCUCUGGUUGCCAGAACAGGAUUCCAUGCCAGAAGGAAAGGUUGGCAAGGGGAAUGCGGUGAAGGGGGAAAGUGGAGCGGAUGUGGCUGCGGAGGCAGAAGUAGUUGAGGAUGAUGCCAUUGAUGAUGGUCCUGAUCGUGAAGACGCGCAGAACCACGGCAAUGCUGGGGAGGCUGCGCCUACGGGGGAAGCCGUUGACGAUGACCAGGCAGAAGCAGCACAGCAAAAGACCAGAAGACCUGCAGAAGGACCAGCUGGGCAAAGAACGUCUCAGGAGACGAUUGGCGCCGACGAGGAAAGUGCGCCAGCUGCUGCUCCAGCUCGUUCCAAGGCAGCACCGAAAGGAACAGUGAAGAUGUCGCACGCACUUGUCGUCACUGGAUUUCCUCUCUGGGAUCUGCAACAGAUCACCCAAUACUUUGCCCGAUUUGGUGAACUACGCACCAUUUUGGGCGCGAACAAGAACAAAGGUGGAAAGAGGAAACUGCUCGUUGCGUACUGCCGGAAAGUCAAUGCAAAAAGAAGCCAAGCGCAUGUACAUGGAGCAGAGAUCGAUGGACACAAGCUCUCUGCGGUCUUUGCAGAUGAUUCCAGCUUUGCCAACAGGCAGCAG